AUUUUAUUUUUUAGUUUAUGUGUGACUUUGAAAAAAAAAUGUUUAAACAAAAUAUUUCUUGAAGUAUUUACUUUGUCAUGAGUUUAGCUGUUUCUAUGUUCCGAUGGUUAGAUAUGUUGGAGAAAGAAUUCGAUAAAGCUUUUGUUGAGCUAGAUUCUAUAUUAGGAUACAUUGAUUAUGAUGAUGGAAAUUUUAUAGAUGAUGGGCGCAAAAAGUUAGCUAUUCUUUCUUCUGUGUUUUCUCAGUUGUCACACAAGUCACAAACCAUUUUUGAAAACAACGCAAAAUAUGAGGCAGAGUUAAUUGGUCUGCGCACUGAAUUAAGUGAAGCCAAGGCCACUGUAACAAUACUAGAAAAGGAAGUCAAAAACUCACUACUUCAGUUACAUUCUGUUCAGCUUCAGUUACAUUCAAAAGGUGAAAAUUCUGCAGAUUUACAGAUAAUCAAAACUAAACUAGAGAAUGAUCUUACUCAAUUUCGUCAAAAUGCAAUAAAAGAAUCUCAAGUAACCGAAGAAAUAAAAAUAAUUAAGAAAGAAAAUGAUGCUCUUCGAAAGUAUAUUACACAGAUUCAAGGGGAAGUUUGUGGAGCUAGACUUGCUGCAAAAUAUUUAGAAAAAGAACUUGCCGGAAGAAUUCAACAAAUUCAGUUAUUGGGUCGCAACUUAAAACUGCAGGAACACGAAAUGCUUUGGAAUCAGAUUGAGUCAGAAAUCUUUCUUCAUCGUCACAAAACUGUAAUACGCGCUUGCAAAAAAAAUCCCCCAAAAAAAUCCUCAAGUUCCUCACAUAUUAAUAAAGAAAAGCAAGAAAGAGUUAAUAUUGCAAAACAUUCAGGCGAUAAAAUUGUGGUUAAAUUUUACCGAGAAAAAAGUGAAGGUCUUGGAAUAUCAAUUACGGGUGGAAAAGAGCAUGGCAUUCCAGUAAUUAUUUCAGAAAUUCAUGAAGGAAUGUUAGCUUCACGUUGUGAGGACUUGCAAACAGGGGAUGCUAUUUUGGCUGUAAACAAUAUCAAUUUGGAGAAUGUAUCCCAUGAGGAAGCUGUUAGUAUUUUGUCAGCAUUAAGCGGCAAUGUUACUAUGGAAGUUUGGCGAGUCAUCGAUACCUCAAGUGAAGAUGAGGAAUGGGAAACAAACUAUAAUUCUAGGUAUAGUACUGUUGGACUUUUAGAUGAUCCUAAUGAAAUUUCGUUGGACAGUGAUAUAAAUAUGACAAAUUCUCCAGCACCAAAUUCAAACAAAAAAAAUGUGAACAUAUCAUCUUUACGGAGUUCUUUAGCCGAAUUAAAACUUGCUCAGAGUUUGCGCAAAAUAAACAAAGACAUGUCACCAGCUGAUGAAGCUUCUCCUCAACCAACUCAUAUAUAAUUUCAGAAAUGGAAUUUACUCAACAAACUAAUUAUUUCACUUUAAUUUUCGAAUUUUGUGUAUUUUUUUUAUCCUCAUUUGUAGAUUUUUUUAUAAUUUGUUCAAUCUUAUGUAAUUUGUAAUGGUUGUAAA